AUGCCUACUUUAUCUCGGCCAAGUCGCACGUUAAUGCGCCCUUCCGCCAGCUCAAAACUUCCAAAAGUCUUCUUACAACUGCCUCCCAGCUUUCGAUCAUUCCAUGCCUCACCACAACCUCGGUCUCUCGAUUCCGUUUUAAUAGCUACGCAUGGAGUUCUAGAAGGAUUGCACUCUUUUACUGGCCUACCAUGGGCUUAUACUUUACCUCUCACUGCUUUAGCUAUCCGGACCAUCCUCAUCCUCCCCAUCGGUAUUAACUCACGCCGAGCUGCGCAGAAACAACUGGACCUAAUGCCCCUCAUGAACGCAUGGCAGCAUCAAUUCAGAAAACAAUCAAUACAAGAAGUUGGUCACUUGGGGCCCGAUGCGGCGAAUCAGUUUGUUAAAGAUAAAAUGAAAAAGAAGAAGAAGGAACUUUAUUCUAGAUACAGUUGUGGUACUUGGAAACACUACCUGCCCUUUGUGCAAUUACCUAUUUGGAUGGUCGCUGUAGAGACGAUUCGAAAAAUGUGCGGCGCACACGAUGGAUUAUUGAAAUGGAUCGAAUCGAUGUUCAUAUCGACUAAUGCAAAUGAGUCUGUAGCUUCCACGGACCUGGACUUGGGUUCUCUACUAUUAGAACCAUCCUUCGCGACAGAAGGAGCAUUGUGGUUUCCCAAUCUUCUCAUUCCAGAUCCAGUGUUGAUACUUCCUUUCAUGCUCUCCGGAUCUAUCCUACUGAAUCUCAGUGGCCAGGGAAGACCUAAAACUGUAUUCAUGAGAAGAUUAAUGAAUUCGUUGAAGGUCGUGGCUCUUGCGAUUAUUCCACUUACAUUGCAGAUGCCGAGCGCAAUGUUGGUAUAUUGGACAUCUUCCUCCCUGCUGGCUUAUGGACAAGCCAAGAUAUUGGACAUUUUCAUGCCGAUUAGAAAACCUGUAGCACCAUGUAAAGGGGGACAACCUGUUAGAUAUGCAGGUACCAGGGAAAGUUGA